AUGUCGGAUGUGGAUAAUGACAAGUGCGAAUGCAGAAGAGGCUCUCAAAUGCAGGAAGCAUGGGAAGAGAUAACAAAAGAUCAGCAGGAUCUCAGGAAAGUAUUGGGAGCAACAGCUCCCAUAUUAAAGGCAGCAAAAUUCAUGAAGAACACUGGGCUUCUUGGGCAAUUCGAAGCCAUUCCAUAG